AUGUGCCCAUUAGUCUCCGGGAUUGCUCCAAUUAAGAACAUUUCUUUAGGCCACGAGACUAGUCUGAAUGCUGCCAACACCACCAGCACUACCGGCUUACAGUGCACAUCGCUUCAUGAAGCCAUACAGCAGGCUGCGCUAGUCUCAGCCGCCGCUGCCCUGGCUCAGGAGGCUCGCAGGCGAGAGGAAGAAGUGAGUUUGUACCACAGGAUAUCAUAG